AUGUUGAUCUCCUCCAUCUUUUUCCUCUUGGGAUCCAUCGAACAAUCGGCUUCUCAAGUGUUCAGGGAACUCGUGCUGGGACGUGUGCUUGUGGGUCUGGGAGUGGGCAUGGCUAGCAUGGUCAUCCCCAUCUACCUUGCCGAGUGCGCACCGUCCGAUCUUCGAGGCAGAAUAGUAGGCAGCAACAGUGCGCUCGUCACUGGUAAGUUCGACAUGCGUCUCGUCUCGUCUCGUAUCAUCUCGUCUCCACGCCAUCCUCACGCUUUACACCGCACAUUGUCCUCUCCCCCCACGCAUCCGCCUCCCACUCUGCCUUUUCUCGCCCCUUUCCAAUCUUCAACAACAUCCAGGCGGACAAGUGACGGCGUACGCCAUCUCUGCUGCUUUCUAUCACCUGCCUCACUCAUGGCGCUGGAUGGUGCUUACAGGAGCUCCGCCAGCUUUAGCUCAACUCGUAGGUCUGUGGGCCCUGGACGAAUCACCGCGCUGGUUGCUGCACCAGGGCAAACAUGCUCAAGCUAGAAGAGCUUUGGCACGCAUGUACCCUUCAGCAAAUGAUGAUCAGAUCGAGGAGCAAUUAAAAGCUUUUGAGCUUUCAUCGUCGUCAUCCGAGCAGCAAGAGCAGGAUGAGAGGCGAACGGGAUUGGAUGGAGUUGAAGGUAUCGCGGCGCUUGUUGGGAGGAGCAGCCCAGGCGGCAAGGAUGGCGCGCAGGGCAUUCGGCAACUCUUGGCGGAUCGUUCGGCUAGGAAAGCUCUGCUGUUGGCUUGCGGUCUACAAGCUUCUCAACAGCUAGUCGGCGCCAAUUCCAUGUGAGUUUGCCUGACGUCCCUGCCUUGCGAAAUGCUACGAAGUGCACGUCCCCCCCCCCUUUUUUGUUCGCUUUCCGAGAUGGGCUUACACUCCAUCUUUGCCUUCUUUGCCCCCCCUGCUCCUUUCGUGUCUUUUUCUCUCCUCUUCCAAAACAUCAUUGGCGCCCCGCUCGCUCGCAAAAGUCUAUACUUUUCCUCUCGCUUGCUACAAAUGUGCGGAUUCGUCGCAAAUCCGAAUCUAGCAGCGUUGGGCGUAGCGCUUGCCAAUUUCGUGGGCACGUUGAUCGCCUUGAGAUUGGUGGAUCGAUUGGGUAGGAGAAGGUUAUUGUUGGGCGCUACGGCUGCUUGUUCGAUAGCGCUCGCUGCGCUCGCUUUCUCGAUUGGAAGGAUACGAUUGGGCGAUGUGACGGAUGGGAGGGAUGUGCUGAAGGGCACGAUGACGGGAGCUAGCAGCAGCAGCGAGAGCUCCGUUGCAUCGCUGCUCCAUGGACGACAGAACGCUCGAGAUCAAGAAUCACCUGGUCCUUGGGCUUAUGCCAGCUUGGCAGCUGUGAGUUGCGAAGAGCGCAUCCCUUUGCGCAUCUCAUCAUCCUUUCUAAGCUCAUCAAACAAUCUCGACCUAGAUGACGCUGUUCAUAUUUUGCUACGCGCUCGGUGAGGCAUCUUCGAGCACUCUAGCUCUCACUCCAAACACAUCCCCCAGGCCGCUCACCUUCGCAUCCUUGCCAUUCUCAUCCGCUCUACCUUUCCCCUCCCACCUCCUUUUCUGCAGGUCUCGGCAUCAUCCCCGUGGGUGUGAUGCGAUGCGCAUAUCCUCUAGGCUAUGCAAGCUGGCAUCCCAGCAAAAGCUAA